UUAAAAAAUCAAUAAAAGUAAUGGAAUGACAAAAAUGUAGCAGAGAGCAGCAGAGGAGGAAGAACGCACUCCUGUCCGGGCGACGGCGACGGCGACGGAAACCACUUGAAUAGGCGUCGCUUCUCUGUUCAAACCUAUGCAUGGAAGGUGGAGGAGGAGGCGGCGACAGGAAGAGGAAGGUUUCUCCUAUUCAUCUUGACUGGGAGACGUUAUUGCCGUCCGGGGUCAAAGACGAGGAGCCUCUACCGCUGGAGGUGGUUGGGGACGGCGAGGACAAGCCGGAGCCGCAGGCGGAGGUGAUGACGGACGGUGGGGAGGAUGAAUCGGCUUUUCAGUAUCUUAGACAACUUUCCGAUAAAGAUUUGUUGGAGAAGAUUACUAGGGUUAAGAAUAAUUUGGAGCAAAUGUCGUCUAAAUUGCCUGACGGAGGGGCUAAAUUUCGAGCUAAUCUAUUGAAGCACGAGGCGGAGUGGAAGAGGAGAAAGGCUCUGAAGGAUAAUAACAAAGUCGAGGAAAUAAUCUCUGUUGGUGAAAAAUCUUCUUGCCUUGUUGAUGACAGAUCAACUUGUGGAGCUCCGCCGUCCAGGCCUGUGUCACAAUCUACUUUUGCUUUAAGGUUUUGCAGCACGAUGGAUGAUAAGGAGCUACCAAAGAAGGCUUUCACCCAUGAAUUGUCUACCUUAAAUCAUUCUGAUCAUCAAAUUAUGGAAAGGAAUGAAGCAGUUCUCUCCCAAGGAACACAGAGAUUAAGUUCAUCUUCUAGAAAAGUACCUUUUAAAUCUCCAACCCAUCUUUCAGUGAACAUUGAUGAUCCUCCUCAGCUCAGUGAUAAAGAUGCUUCUGUUUCUGACAGCCUUCUAAAUAAGAGAAGUAGUUUUUUGUCUCAACCUACUCCCAACUCCAGAAGGAAUAAGCAGAAAACUGUUGUUCUAGUAGAUGAAGAGCUGGAGGUUGAUGCAAUUAAUCAAGUAGAAAAUGUGGGGCGAAGCCAUAAAGAAGCUCAGAUAUUCUAUCCUUCAAGGGAUGAUCCUGAAGCCAUUGAAAUUUGUUUCUCAGACUUAGAAUGCUUGGCUCCUGAAUCUUACUUGUCAUCAACUAUCAUGAACUUCUACAUUCGGUAUCUGCAGAAGUCUACAUCCCCCACUGCCAGAAAUCGAUGCGGUUACCUCUUUUUCAAUACCUACUUCUAUAAGAAGUUGAAAGGAGAUGGUCCAACCAAGAUUACAAAAGAGAAGUCGUACCAAAAAUUCAGAAGGUGGUGGAAAGGUGUCAAUAUAUUUGAGAAAGCAUAUAUUUUUCUACCAAUUCAUGAACAUUUACAUUGGAGCUUGGUUAUCAUUUGUAUACCAAAGAAAGAAGAUGAAUCAGGACCACUUAUUAUACUUCAUUUGGAUUCUUUAGGACUUCAUGACAGCAGUUCGAUCUUCAGAAAUGUAAAGAGAUUCCUAAUAGAAGAAUGGAAGUUCCUCCGAGAAGAAGAAAAGUUACCCGAACCCCCAAUCGCAGCCAACAUCUGGAACAAGUUAUCCCGAAGAAUCGAGGAGAAAGUCGUUCAGGUUCCCCAACAAAAAAACGAAUACGACUGCGGCGUCUUCGUCCUUUACUUCAUGGAACGUUUCAUCCACGAAGCUCCGGAAAGACUACACCGAAGAGACUUGGAAAUGUUUGGCAGAGAAUGGUUCAAACCGGAAGAUGCCUCCAGUUUGAGAAAGAAGAUAUUCACUCUACUGAGAGAAGAGUUCAAGAAUGCGGGCACUUCCGCGUCGGACGGUACCGAAAAUGGGAACCACUAACGCCCUGAGCUCCUG